AUGGUUAAACAUACAGUCAUCGCUCGUAUUUCUGAUGGCAAUACUAAACAGGAAAUUUCAUCAUUAGGCCUUCCAUUGGCAGCCUCGGUAGACGAUGAUCAGAAUGGGGAGGCUGAACUCGCAGAUUACAAAAAUAAAGCAAAACUUCUUUUCAAAAAAAUGAAUGAAAACUCUGAGGAGAGAUGUUCAAUUGAAUCAGGAAGUUAUUAUUUUCACUACCUUAUCCAAAAUGGCGUUUGUUACAUGACAAUUUGCGAUCGGUCAUACCCUCGUCAAUUUGCCUUUAGUUACUUGGAAGAACUUGCCAAAGAAUUUUCAAUGAGUUAUGGGAAUGAAGUCGAAAAGAAAAAUUUAAGACCAUAUGCUUUUGUUAAAUUUGAUACCUUUAUGCAAAAAACAAAAAAGGUUUAUCAAAAUACGCGAACGCAACACAAUAUUGAGCGACUAAAUACCGAACUGAAUGAGGUAGCCAAUAUCAUGACUAAAAAUUUGGAAAGCGUCUUGUGGCGUGGUGAAGGAUUAGAAAAAAUGAGUUCCCUCUCUGAUCAACUUCGUUAUGAAUCCCAGAAAUAUAAAAAAACUGCUCAUGAUCUUAAUCUACAGCUUCUUUAUCGCAAGUACGGACCUAUACUGUUCAUAGUGGCGGUGUUUUCUUUGGUAAUCUACUGGCGAUUCUUUUGGUAUUAG